AUGACUGUCAUCUCAUCCACACCUGCUGACAUCAUUGCCAUUACUGGAUUACAAGCAGACGCCUAUGCUCAAGUAUCCAUGGCUGCUCUAGUCACCUAUGAUUGUUUGCUUAGCUUGAAUCAAGAGAAACAAAAGCCAUCAUGGAUGACGGCCUGCUAUGUGUUUUGCAUAGCUUCGAUAUGCGGGCUUGGUGAACACAAUAGCUUCAGUUUGUUCGGCGAUUCAGUUCGUGGCAUUCCAUUCCCAUUCUCCGAUAAGCUAGACUCAAAGAAAGAAAAAUAUCGAGGUUCCAUAUUUUACACCCUGAACUGGGUCCUGACGAACAUGCUCAUCAUGGUUGUUCAAAGUCAUUUUGGCUCUAUCGUGGUUAUUCCUGGUUACACAGCUAUUCAACUUGUUGGGAAUUAUCUUAAUUGUGCCAAUAUUUGGAAUCAAAUUCCCCGCUGGUCUUUGGCUGAUUCAGGAAUAAUCACCACAGUUGAAGAAGGAAUCCUGCUCGGUGUUCCUGGGUGCUUGGAAUACGCUGAGAAAUUCUCUAUACCGGGAGAUAUUGCUCAUUCGAUCGCCAUGUUGGUUUUUGAUGUCACAUUGAUAAUACUGGUCGUCUACCAUUUAACGUGGACUCUCAGAGAACAUUCCGAGCUAAGGCGACAGGGACCUAUAGGAAUUAUUGAUCUACUUGUACGGCAUAGUGUAACUUAUUUUGCGUGCUUACUUCUAUAUGCUGUGGUCCAGAUUGCUCCCGAUGCUCUGUUAACCCAGAUAUCCGCGAGAAUCACAAAAUACGUCUGA